UUCAUAUGAUCGAAGCAAGACGGCGUUGUUCUCUCUCUCUCCGCACAGAGACACCAACGAAACAAAACAUCCAAUUUGCAUCAUCGUCAUCAUCAUCAUCAUCAUCAUCAUCAACCCUUUUAUACCAUUUACUCUCUUCUUUCCAAGCAUUCACCAAAACCACCCUUACACCAAAAACCACAAAAAAUUGGGGCAAGAAAGGUGUCCCACUUUCGCGAGAACACUUCCGAUCCAACGAUUUCUCUUGUUGUUAUCUUCAUACCCAGAGAAAAUAGUUUCUGUCUUCGCUUCUGUGUUGGAUUCAAUUGGAAAAAUCCUUGAAUGGAUCUUGGGUAUCUUGGCGUUCGGCGAUGAUUCGAGAAGGUUCUGUUUACGAUGGGAUUGAAAUCCGUUGGUGGGUUCUUCGCUAAACACCGAUUGUAGCACAAAAGAUAUUAGAAGAGGAAGAGCAAUGAUGAUGGUGGAAGUGGAAUUGGAAUUGGGGGAAGUGAAUCUUUGAGUUUGGAGGAGCUUUUGUUCUUUAAUCUUUGAGGGUGGUCUUUCUCUUGCUGUGUCAUGGAUGAGGCUAGGCCUCGGAAUAAUGAAACUGCUGCAUCAUCAUCAUCGCCUUCAGCUUCGCGGUUGCCGGUGUCUUCCGGAUGGCGUCCGAGCCGGGCUGUGUUUGCUCCUUAUGGGCCACCACAGGGUGAAGAAGCCACAGCUCAAAGGCCACAGAGAUUGAGAGUGGCAGUGACAGUGAGGAAGCCUUUGGUGGCAAGAUUGACCAAGGAAAUAGUUGAAACAUAUCAAACAUGCAAUCCAAAGUUUAAAUAUUCUGAAGAUCUAAAUCCAAAAAGAUUUUUGACCAGUCCAUCAAUUGGAGUGCUUAAUGAUGGCUAUGAUAAUGUAAACUCAGAUCUUAUUCUGACAGUGAAUUUUGUCUUGGUCCAUGUAGAGAAAAAUAAAAGAUAUAUUGUCAAAGAUCUUCUUGGCCAUGGGACAUUUGGUCAAGUGGCGAAGUGCUGGGAUUCAGAUACCAACAGUUUUGUUGCUGUGAAGAUCAUUAAAAAUCAACCUGCAUACUAUCAACAGGCACUGGUUGAAGUAACUAUAUUAACGACGUUAAAUAAGAAGUAUGAUCCUGAGGAUAAGCAUCAUAUUGUUCGUAUAUAUGAUUAUUUUGUGUAUCAACGGCAUUUGUGCAUAUGCUUUGAACUACUGGACACAAACUUGUAUGAGCUUAUCAAGAUGAAUCAUUUUAGAGGAUUAUCACUUAGCAUUGUUCAGCUAUUCUCUAAGCAGAUUUUAUGUGGACUGGCUCUAUUAAAGGAUGCUGGCAUUAUUCAUUGUGAUCUGAAGCCAGAAAACAUUCUUUUAUGUACAAGCACUGUGAAGCCAGCAGAAAUCAAAAUUAUUGACUUUGGAUCAGCAUGCAUGGAAAACCGCACUGUUUACUCCUAUAUUCAGAGUCGAUAUUACAGAUCCCCUGAGGUUCUUCUUGGAUAUCAGUACACAACAGCUAUUGAUAUGUGGUCCUUUGGGUGCAUAGUGGCUGAAUUGUUUCUUGGAUUACCAUUAUUUCCCGGGGCUUCAGAAUUUGAUCUUUUGAGGCGGAUGAUAGAGAUUUUGUGAAUAUAUUGCAGAGGACAGCCACCUGAUUAUGUAUUGAGGGAGGCAAAAAACACAAGUAAAUUCUUCAAGUGUAUUGGAAGUCUCCAGAGCAUAGAGAUUAGUGAGGGUUCCAAAAAUGGAAGAAGUGUUUAUCAAGCAUUGACAGAGGAAGAGUAUGAAGUUAGAGAAUUGAAGAAGCCAACCGUUGGAAAGGAGUAUUUUAAUCAUAUGAACCUUGAAGCAAUUGUUACAAACUAUCCCUAUAGGAAAAACCUGCCCAAGGAAGAUAUUGUCAAAGAAAGUCAAAUAAGAUUGGCUCUUAUUGAUUUUUUGAGAGGACUUGUUGAGUUCGAUCCUGCGAAACGAUGGUCACCUUUCCAGGCCUCAAAACACCCUUUUGUAACUGGAGAGCCUUUUACACAACCUUAUCAGCCUCCCCCAGAGACUCCUCGUGUGCCGGUUGUUCAAACUGUCAAGGUGGAUAAUCAUCCAGGUGGAGGGCACUGGUUUGCUGCUGGCCUGUCACCUAAUGUUCCAGGAAAAAAUAGAGCUUCGAUCUAUAGCAACGCACAUUUUCAGAUGAUGCAGUAUCCUCCUUCUAAUAGUUAUGGUAGCGUAGGAAGCCAUGGGAGCUAUAAUGAGAGCAUUGGGCUUGGUAGCAGCUAUGGAAGUUAUGGAGACAAUAGUAACAUGUUUCCUUACUAUUCACCGGUUGGUCCAUCUGGUAUGAACAUGCAUAACCCCAGCCCCUCUCAGUUCACUCCACCUAGUUCCUAUGGUCAAGUUGGUUCUCCCGGACACUACGGACCUACAUCUCCAGCGAGAGGAACCACUCAUGGAUCACCUUUGGGGAAGACACCUGCAGUUAGCCAAUUUAAUCGACGGAAAAACUGGGGAUAUUCGGGAAGUCCUCAACCUCAAGAAACAGUAUUUUCUUCACAUUGGCAAGGACAAGGUCCUGACAACUCAAGCCUUCCCGAGGGAACAUCCCAAGCCCUUGGCAGCUCCCCAUCUUACGUGCAGUCAAAUAUGAAUCCUGGAACCUGGAAGCAGCGAGGAAGUGGAGGGUUAUCUUCGAAUUUGGCAGUGCAGUCAACAGAGUUGGCUCAUGACAAUGCAGACUCAGGCAUGCCUGAUCCUGGAGAUUGGGAUCCUAAUUAUAGUGAUGAACUACUUCUGCAAGAUGAUGGUGCAGAUGAAAGUUCCUUGACAAAUGAUUUUUCUAGAAGCAUGAGUCUUGGUUCCACGGAACCAUGGGUUGGAUUGGGAAGGUUGAACCACGGAACCAGUACAAGCUCUCCAAUGAUCGUACAGAGAAUACCCGCAUCAGGUCAAGCAUUUUCUGGUGAGAUGGGUAGCUCUCCAAUGCAUCAUGAUCUUCAAUAUAUGUCAAAGCCUUUUCAUUAUAUACCUCAUGUUUUACAAAAUUCUCCAAGCCGAUUCGGUCACCAACCUACUCAAAGGUUUCCACAUGGUAGACCUCCCCAGAGCGGCGACUGGAAUCAACUUAAGGUUGCACCUCCUCCUCCUAGUUUCGGUAGUGUAGGCCAACGCUCUCCCAGGAAUAGCUCAUUCUCCAACAACAUGACAUGGGGGCGAAGAAUGAAUCCUCCGGUUUCAAGCAUGCCGCCAACAUCUCGCGCAAGAAAAGAUUAUGCAAGGAUUGACUAAAGCUGAACAACACCACAUAUCUGGUGAAAGAUCAGCAUGCAUGACGAGCCGAGUCUUAAAGAAAGGCCCCCAAAAAGUGAAAAAAGUGGUUGAAAGAUUUGGAAAAUACUAAAGAAAAGGGAAAAAAAAGCCAGUACCCAAAAGUUGAUUAGCGACCCCUUUUGUACCUUUGAUUAUUUAUUGUGAUUGCUGCAUAAAAAUAAUUUAUGCUUAUAUAGUUUGCAAAUUGCAUGCCAUUGAUCAUUUAUUUGGGUAUUGGUGUUUGGUGAAUGGUGCUUCAAUCCGCACAUGGCUUAUACAUUUUUGGUAAAAAAAAGGGGUUUCUUGUGGUUAAUUAAUGAUAUAUUUGUUAGCAGUGUGCAAAAGUUUUCAACUA